AUGGAGGCCGGCGGUCCUAAUAGGAAGAAGCGGAAACCAGCAGCCGGGGUCGAGACCGCCGACGAGGCCCCGGCGCCGGCGGAGACGGAAGCGCCCGAUCCCGGAGUGGGCGAAGAGGAUGAUGGACUCGUCGACCGCAUCAGCAGCCUCCCCGACGUCGUCCUCGGCGACAUCAUCUCCCUCCUCCCCACCGACGAAGGCGCCCGCACCCAGAUCCUCGCCACCAAGUGGCGCCACCUCUGGCUCUCCGCCCCACUCAACCUCGACUGCACUCACCUGCUACACCGUUACCGUAAUCAUGCCGACCGUGCUGCUGGUGUCGUAUCACGCAUCCUUUCUUCCCAUUCGGGUCCCGGUCGUCGCCUCCGCGUGGACAACCUACACCACUUCGACCUCGGAGCCGUCGAUGACUGGCUCCGGUCCGGCGCUCUCGACAACCUACAGGAGCUCGAGCUUGGAUGCUAUCCAACAGUGGCACUUCUGCCGUCCUUCACCUUCCGCUUCGCACCCACCCUGCGCGUUGCCACCCUCAAAAUGUGCAACCUCCCCGACGGUAUCAUCCAAGGGCUUCACUUUCCCCUGCUCAAGCAGCUCGGGCUUCAUUAUGUCAGCAUUUCGGAGUGCUCGCUGCACAGCUUGAUUGCCAGUUGCCGGGCUCUCGAGUGCUUGCUUAUAUUACACAGCACUGGCUUCGGCUGCCUUCGGAUCAACUCCCUUACCCUUAGGAGCAUUGGUGUUGAUAAUAACAAUAGUGAUUACCGAAUUCCUGUCCAUUUCAAGGAACUCAUCAUCGAGAAUGCCCCUUGCCUUGAGAAGCUGCUCCAUCUUCAUGUCGGCGCUGGUUUGCAUCUGUCUGUGGUUUCAGCGCCUCAACUGGAGACAAUAGGCUACCUUUCUGAUGGUUACUACCAGAAGGUCAAUCAGGAUUAUCUCUGCAAAUUCGAGUUUGGCUCCACAAUUAUUCAGGGAUUGCGCGUUGAUAAGCUGGCAAUGGUCCGCACAGUCAAGACUUUAGCUGUCCAACUGAGAAUACUAAGUUUGGAUACGGUUAUUCAGUUGAUGGCAUGUUUUCCAUGCUUGGAGAAAUUGUACAUUCGAACUCCAAAGCCAAGCAAUGUGUGGCGUCGCAAACACCGGGAUCUGACCAGAUGUCCUGAUAUCCGUCUGAAGACAAUAGUGUUGGAUUCCUAUCGUGGCAUCAAGUCUGAAGUUAACUUUGUGACAUUCUUUGUAUUGAAUGCGAGAGUGCUAGAGCUGGUGAAGCUUGGGGGUUGCUCCGGCAAUAAGGAAUUCUUGGCAGAACAACGUAGGAAGCUUCAGCUGGACAAAAGGGCUUCAAAAGGGGCUCGGAUUCAUUUUACAACUCGUAGUUGUGUCCGUUAUAUUCUGGAUCAUGUCCGUGAUUUGGAUGUAAUUGAUCCAUUCUUACUGUAG